AUGCUAACCACUAUACCAACAAAGCCCACCCUCCGCUGUAAAAAGAAUGAAAUACUCAAGAAAUGCAGAACAAUAUGUCCCCCGCAAUUGUGCAACAUUUCCUUCACGGACUUCGCAUGUGACCCUAUCAAGAAGUGCGAGCAGGGCUGUGAUUGUAUCAAGAACUAUCUUCGGGAUGACAAUGGAAUCUGCAUUCCAAACAAUAAAUGUCUAUCGGGGCCGAGACCCAAUCUGUGCCCUGAGAAUGAGGUAUGGAAGGAAUGUCGGACUAUCUGUCAACCGCAGUGGUGCAACAUAUCGUUCAUUUCAUUUGCUCCCUGCGGUGAAAACCCCAAGUGCGAGCCAGGAUGUGACUGUGUGCCGAAUUAUCUCCGGGAUCUCAAAGGAAUUUGCAUUCCAACUGAGAAAUGCCUUUCCUCUGAAUCUGAAUGUGGAAAAUACCAAGAGCAAUCGGACUGUGCUGACUACUAUUCGGCUCAGCCGCAAAUAACACUCUGCAGGCCAGGAUGCAGAUGUAUAAAGGGCUAUAGUAGAAACCCUCAGAACGAAUGUGUACCAACUCAACCACAAUGUGGAAAAUACCAGGAAAAAUCAGACUGUGCUGACAAUUAUUCCGCCGAGCCGCAAAUCACAGUUUGCAGGCCAGGAUGCAGAUGUAUCACGGGUUAUACUAGAAACAAGCUCAAUGAAUGUGAAAUAAAAUGUGGUAAAAACGAGGAAGCCUCCGAAUGCAAGCAAGUUUGUCCUCCACUAGACUGUCGUUGGGACCCUACCAAGAUGGCCUGCAAACCUGGACCCUGUCAAGCUGGAUGCAAUUGUAUUAAAGGGUACUUAACGAAUAGCCAAGGCGUUUGUAUACCCAAAGAACAGUGUCCAAAAAUUCCUCAAGAAUGUCCGGAAAACGAAGAACCAACGGAUUGUGCUAAAAAUAUGGACCCAAAUCAAUCCACUCUGACGAUUAAAUGCCGACCUUGCCAAUGUAUCGAGAACUUUGUGAGAAACAGUGACGGUGUAUGCGUGUCAAAGGAUAAACUGUGCGACGGUGAUCGAAACACGACUUACACUCAAUGCCCAAACCGAUGCACGUCAACAUGCAAAAACCCUAAUGGCAUUUGCACUAAGUUAUGUCGAGAAGGCUAUGGCUGUGGAUGCAAACCUGGUUAUCUUUAUUCGGAUGACAGAAAAUGUAUUCUACCACAAGACUGUCCAGGUGGAAAUCCAUGCAAGGAUAAUCAGACUUUCGUCUACUGCAACGCCGGGUGCCCAACCGCUAAUUGUCCAGAGGAUGACAACCAAGGUGAAAUAGCUUGCGAUCAACCGUAUCCCUGUGCAUCUGGAUGCGCUUGCAAGAGGAAUUACAAAUGGCUGAACAACGAACGUGAAAAAUGCGUCCUAGCUUCGGAAUGUCCUCCAGUCAAAUGCACGAGGAAAAACGAAAUCUGGGCUCCAUGUUCUUCAAGAUGCUCUUCAGACAAGUGCAGGGACAGAGGUACAUCGAUAUGCACAAUAUCAAUUGGAGGCCAGGAAUGUCAACCACAAUGCGUUUGCAAAAAAGGAUACCUCAGGAAUGAGUCAGGCAUCUGCGUACCUAUUGCUGAAUGCCCACCGCAAUGUGGUAAGAACGAAGUACCAACGGAAUGUGCUGUCGAUUACCCACAAACUCUUUCCAAGGAUGACGCUAUCGCCGAAAGGAUAAGAUGCUUGCCUGGAUGCAAAUGUAUUGACGGUUACACGAAAGUUAACGGUGUAUGUACUCGAAUUUCUCUGUGUGGAAAAAAUGAAGAACCAAAUGAUUGCCCUAUCAUAUUUUAUCCACAACCAGAGCCUGACAUUUUAGUUGUCCAAUCAAACGAGAAGAUCAGAUGUAGGCAAUGCAGAUGUAUUAAAGGGUUUGAGUAUAGCAGUAGCGGUGUAUGCAUUCCUAUUUCUCGGUGUGGAAAAAACGAAGAAGCAAAUAUUUGCCCUGUUAUAUUGAAUCCACGAGCAGAGCCUGACAUUUUAGUUGUGGAAUCAACCGAGAAGAUCAGAUGUAGGCCAUGCAGAUGUAUCAAAGGGUAUGAGUAUAGCAGUAGCGGUGUAUGCAUUCCUAAAAAUACACUGUGCAAGGGUGAUCAAAACAAAACCUACACAGAAUGUCCCAAUCGGUGCCAGUCAACCUGCAAAAACCCAGAGGCAAUUUGCACAGAAAAAUGUGAACCAAAAGGUUGCGAGUGCAAAUUUGGUUACAUUAAGAAUGAUGACGGCAUAUGUGUUUUACCACAAGACUGUCCAGGUGGAAAUCCUUGCGGGUAUAAUCAAACAUAUACGGCAUGUAAAUUCGGUUGCCCCACCAACUAUUGUCCAAAGGAUGACAGCUUGGCUCAAGUGGCUUGUUUGCCAGCAUUCCCCUGCUCUGGAGGUUGCGCUUGUAAAAGGAAUUAUCUGCUGGCCAGUGAGAAAGACAAGAGAUGUAUCCUAGGUUCCGAAUGUGCUCCUUUCAAAUGCACGAGGAUAAACGAAAUGUAUGACUCCUGCCCUGGGCCAUGCCUCUCGGAGAAUUGCGGUGACGUUAAAGUGGUUACAUGCAACACCCUCCUUCCACACGAAUGUAGGCCACGGUGCGUGUGUCAAGAUGGAUAUCAAAGGAGUCUUUCCACAGGCGAAUGUAUCCCUAUCCGAGCUUGCGAUAACAAUCCCUCUAUUGACGUUUAUCGUCUAUAAUAGAGUGCAGCAGCAUCGGCAGUAUGAAAACAAUGAGGAAAACAGAGAAAAACAAACUUGCUAACUAGUUCAGUCAGUAUAGAUGUCAUAAUAAUUGGGAGUAGAAAAAAAAAAUGACUCCCAGUCUUUAAACGGUGGACAAAUAUAUUUAAUACAAAGGACCUAUGUCUAUCAGUACACAAAGUUCGUCCAUCGGUUUUGCCAAACUGCAUGAUCCUGACUGCACUAAAAAGCGAAUAUAUAAUAAGGGUUUGCAUAAAAGACAUUA